GGGACUCGCUCCAGCUCUCACAGCAGACAACAGGACUACAAUACACUGAUUUUAUUUUAUAAUGUUUCGGGCAACGUCAUUUAUGAGCUAUAACGCUGUUAGACACCACAGGCACUAAGUAGUCCUGGAAACACGGUUGGAAGUAGAUGCAUUCACCAAGGAGGCCUCAGUGUCUCUAAAUGGCAGCUGUGUAAUCGGAGUGGGACGAGGAAAAGAGCUGUACUGGAAUAAGACAUACGGCUUUCCACCCCCUUAUCCUGCCCUUCCCUCCCUUUCCGCCCUGGCAGUCGUAAAUAAGUCCAAGCCGUGCAGACCCCUGAGGAAUCCUACUCCCCUCUGUGCCCUUUCCCACCGCUGCUACCCAUGCCGAAUCCCCUGCCCACUCAGACUCUUCUGCUUAUGCUGCUGAAGCAGGCCAAGGAGAUUCUCAGAUGAUCCAUCGGGCUAUUCUGAACCACAUUGUCCACGCAGCCGGGGACGGGGAAGAGUAACUACUGCGAGUGUGAGAGAGCCCUUGGAGGGGGUGCUGUGAGCACCUUGUGAGGCCCGCCCACCAAACCUGGCAAAAAGCUUGGUUUACCGCUUCUCUCUUUUAGCCCCUGAGAUGCCCUCCCCUCCUAAUGAUGGAGAGGAUCAAGGAGCGUCCCCCGUGAAUGUCCCAUCUGUGGGUUCCUACCGGAGCAGUGGGAAGAGGAAGGCGCACAGCAAAAAGAAGAAGGGCAGAAUAACCGCCAAUGUCUCUGGCACCAAAUACGAAAUAGUACGAAUAGUCACCAGCGAGAUGGACUUCAUCAAAGCACGGGAUGAUGAUGAGACUGCCAACCUCAUCUGGAAUGACUCAGCGGUGCAGCAUGAAAAAAUUGUUGAGCUCAGGAACUAUCAGAGAAUUAACCAUUUCCCUGGCAUGGGCGAAAUCUGCCGGAAAGACUGCCUCGCAAGAAACAUGUCCAAAAUGAUCAGGUGCCAGCCUCAGGAGUACAACUUCACACCCAGAACCUGGAUCUUCCCUGCUGAGUAUACACAGUUCCAGAACUAUGUCAAAGAGCUGCGCAAGAAACGCAAGCUGAAGACCUUUAUUCUCAAACCUGCCAAUGGAGCCAUGGGUCAUGGGAUCUCGCUUAUCCGUAGCUGUGAGAAGCUGCCAUCCCACGAGCACUUUAUUGUUCAGGAGUACCUGGACAAGCCCUUCCUGAUGGAGGGCUACAAAUUUGACCUGCGCAUCUACAUCCUGGUUACUUCCUGUGACCCGCUUCGCAUUUUCCUGUACAAUGACGGUCUGGUUCGCAUGGGCACCGAGAAGUACCACUCGCCCAACGAGGCCAACCUGACCCAGCUUUACAUGCAUCUGACAAACUACUCUGUGAACAAACACAAUGAGAACUUUGAGCGAUAUGAGGCAGUAGACAGAGGCAGCAAGAGGUCCAUCAGCUGGUUCAUCGAGUUCCUCAGCAUCAACAACUAUGACGUGUCAAAGUUCUGGGAAGACAUCUCAGAGUUGGUGGUAAAAACACUGAUAGUGGCUGAGCCCCAUGUGCUGCACGCCUAUCGCAUGUGUCGCGCCGGGCAACCACCAGAGAGCGACAGUGUCUGCUUUGAGGUCCUGGGCUUUGACAUCCUCCUGGACCGCAAACUCAAACCCUGGCUGUUGGAGAUCAAUCGAGCUCCGAGCUUUGGGACUGAUCAGAAGCUUGAUUACGAUGUGAAGAAAGGGGUGCUGCUCAAUGCUCUCGAACUCCUCAACAUCAGGGCCAGUGAUAAGAAAAGAAACCUGGCUCAGGAGAAGGCAGAAGCUCAGAGGCGGCUUUAUGGUCAUGGCUUCAUGAGGAAACUUUCAGCUGCUUCCACGGACUGGGAGAAACAACGUCACACGCUGGAACGGAGAAGAGAGGAACUGAAAGAACAACUUGCACAGGUUCGCAGGCAGGUUUCCAGGGAAGAACAUGAAAAUCAACAUCUGGGGAAUUACAGACGUAUUUACCCCCCAGACGACAAGCUGCUGUUGGAAAAGUAUGAAAGCCUGCUCUCGGCCGCCUUUCAGACCUUCCUCGCCGGGCGAGCUGCCUCACUUCAAAAGGAAAUGAAUAAUCCUCUGAAACGAAUGAAGGAAGAAGAUAUACUGGAUCUCCUGGAACGAUGUGAGCUGGAUGACGAGAAGCUGACGGGCAAAUCCUCCAGGCAACGAGGCCCAAAGCCCUUGACCGCCAUGCCGGAAUGCAGCCAGACACCAAGAAGCCAACGACCAGACUACCUGGCUGACUUCUCCAGUGGCAGCAGCGAAGAUAAUUCAUGCUCCUCGUCCAAUGAAGAAGAGGAAGAGGAGACAAGAAAAACAGAAGAAGUGGGAAUUAAAGAAAAGAGAGGCGAGAAGAAGGUCUCCUAUGAUCUCAGUGAAAUCAAGGAGAAAAGCGUGGCUGAGCGCUCAGGCCGCAUGUUCUGGAAACCUCCAAUCAAGUCCCCCAAAACAGGCACUACUCCCUCUGUGUCUCCAACCCUUUCUGGUCCAAUCAGACGUUCUAUCUCUUGCCCUCGGUGCAUUGCCUCCCUCCCGUCACCCAAUGAGAUGCGACCAUUUUCCACCAGGCCAUCUCCGAUGAUUCCGAUGGCAACGCCUAUCGCCAGGCCGAGCUCCGCUACACUGAGCUCCGCUGCAAUUCGCUCUCAUUCGCUGAGCCGUAGUGGCUCCGCCCACCGUGUCCCUCACAGCAGCAGCCUGGGGACUAUCCACUCUAAUGUGGGUGAACCAUUGAUAAACUUGAAGUCUAAGGAGCAGGAGGUUGAAAUGGUGCGUCAGACUCUCUCAGCGCUCACUGCCAUGCGGAUCAGAUUUCCGGGGAAGACUGAAGAAGAGGCUGAGGCAGUGCUAGACGAGAUUCUCGACAACUGGAGAUACCAUAAAUCAAAGGUGGCGUCAUAUUGGUUGGUGAAGCUGGACUCGACCAAACAGCGGAAGGUGUUGGACAUUGUUCGUUCAAACGUUCGCUUGGUGCUGCAGCGGAUCUGGAGGGAGCCGGAUGUAGAGAGCCUGCACCUCUAUCGGCUUUUUAAACGCGUCUUCAAUCGACUGUUGUGGAGUCAUGGCCAGGGCCUUUGGAGCUGCUUCUCCAACACCGGCUCGUCGUGGGAGAUCAUCUUCAGCAAGAGCAGCGAUGUGGUGUCGCCCCAGGAGCUGCAGUGCUGUCGCCGACUCGUCCAGCUGUGCCGGGACUGUCUGUUAGUCGUUUACAAGUUUGUCUCAGAGUCACGUGGCACUUUGACAAGCUUCAGUCCUGAUUGGGAUGAUACAAGGUGCCUGCUGCCAGUGACCUCCCAGUUCAUCAUGAAGUGGCCUUCGUCCAGCUUUGGCCGCGCCUCCACGGCCAUGCCACGCUCCCGCAGCCUUUACGCCGCCAGGAUGGACCACUUCUGAGGUCACCGUGGCAAGCCUGGCUGCCGAAACCUCGCCUUUUGACCUCAACCUUCCCCCCACCUCCCACCUCUUCCAUGACUCCCACCCAAGCCAAACUCAGAUCUUAGUAAUCCCAGUAUGGAUGUGAAUUUGAGGCAGCUCUGGACACUGGGUGGGGUCUCAACCCAUCCCAAUCGCCUUGUGGAAGAUCCAAAAAAAAAAAAGAAAAAAGAAAAUGCUGGAUGAUUUGGGAUUACUAGAGUGUUUUAGUUUUGUUUAUCUUCUUCAGACCAGCUAACCAUUUCCUGUAUCCCUCUCCUCAGCACCAGUAAUAACAAAAGGCAGCUUCACUCUUCUGUCUUCAUUGUAACUGCUGUAUUAUAUUUCAGUGUACAGUUUCAAGUCAUGGUACUGUAAAAGGAAGAAUUAACAAUGAAUAAACAAUGCAAGAUUUAUUUAUUUAUGUAACUAUUUAUUUUGUAAGGUAUUUCACAAAUGCAGUGAGUCCUGCUGCAGAAUGCAGUCUAGGAAUAACGUCAACAAAGCUUUGAUUUAUUUGAAUACAUUGAUGUAGAACGCUUAUUUUUGCUGUUCCUAAUUAGUAAUUUUAUUUCUGUACUCAGAUUAUAAUUUAUUUCACAAUUUAUAACAGAUGGUUUACGUUAAUAACAGUCACUUUAUGUUGUUUAUCAUGCAGCUCAAAUUAAUUAACUGCGAAAGAGGUGAUGCGCAAAGAACUUGGUGUUUUGAAUGCUAACACUGUUUUGUUUCUACUUGUGUGAGAUUAAGUGCAGCCCAAUUAAAGCGUUUUGAAUGUCAAUGUAGUAAGCCAAGCCUUUUUGCCUCCUGGAACACAAACUGGCUUUAAAGUCACGGCAUGAAGAGCCAAACCUCACCAAGAGCACCCACUAGCUCCUAGAUGUGCACUUUGCAGUGUGUCACAGAAAGUGAAAGCGGCUGCACGUUAGUAGAGAAUGCAUGCCUUUAGUCUCUUUAGAUCCACAAAGGAGCUGCGUUUGGGAUAUACUUGAAGUUUUGUGUUGCCAUUAAUUAUUCUGCUGUCGUGGGGAGGACACUUCAUUUUCACAUUUGUUAUCCCCAGUGCUGCUGUUUUGAGGACAACAAGGAUGUGCAUCACUAUUCAGAGAUUGUUUAACACGCUGAGUGAGUAGACUCAUCAGCUCUCACUUGCUGCACUGUAACAGGAGUGAUUUAUGAGGGAAGCAGCUGCAGCCUUUAUCCACAAGCACUGUAGAUGCAAGUGCCAGGGGUUUCACAGAUGUGUUCAUAUGUUGGAUUUUAUUUAGGCUAAUAUGUCUUGGCCCAAUGUAGGACCUCAUUUCUAGACCUUUUAUGUUAAUACAUAGAAAUAUAAUAAAAUAUGUUUAGGAUUCUACCUUCAGUGUGUAUGACUUAAAAAAAAUAAUAGGCUGUACUAAACAGCACAGAAUGCAUAAUUUUAACCAUUUUAACUUGUGUUUAGCAGCAAUGCUGUGCUGAAACUGCUAAAAAUUGAAGUGUCCCCAUUUUUUUUCCUCUUCAUGAUGCCAUUUGUUUUUUUUCAUUUUGCCUAAUUUUAUUUUGUGUUAUUUAA